AUGGCCAUCGCAUGCACGCAUUCAUUUCGAAUGAUCAAGUCAGACAGCACCCUGAUUCAAUGGGUCUGUCAACACUGUCGCUCAGGGCCUCACUGGAUGAUAUUCGAGUGCACAUAUUGCAAGCUCCAUUUAUGCCGACCCUGCACGCAGGCCGCUUGA